AAAAGCAAACAAAGGGGGUCGAGCCGGCUGUUGCUUUCAGUGCAGUCCAAAGCAAGGAGCAAAGCAAGAAAAGGGUUUUGUUUUAAAUGCAUUUGAAGCAAAGCAAACGAAGGGGAUCGGGCCCGCUUUCCUUUGGAAUGCAACCCGAAUAAAGGUAAAAGAACAGGCCGAGGAGGCGGAGGAUCGCGCUCAUGGCAGCGCCGGGCUCCACAGCCGCCGUGGGGGGCUCCCGGGCCGAGGAGCAGCAGCCCCCGCCCCCCGCCGCACCCCCCUCUCAACCGCAGGCCACCGAGACAGCCGGACAACCUCCACCGCAACAGCCCUUGCCAGCAGAGCAGAAGUUCCAGCCGCCCCCCGCCCAGGCCGCACCCCCACCGGCCGCCCAGGCGCAGCAGCAGCCGACCCCGCCGCCGGGACCCCCUGCUCCGCGGCCAGACCAGCAGGACGCCUCGUUCUUGCCCUUGGUGCAUGACAUCAUCAAAUGCAUGGACAAAGACAGCCAGGAUGUCCACCAGGUGCUGAACGAACUGCGGAACAAGUUUGUGGAGAUGCGGAAAUUGAUCAAGAGCAUGCAGGGCAUCGGCGUGAGCCCCGAGCGGCAGCAGGAGCAGCUCCAGAGCCUCCGCGAGCAAGUCCGGACAAAGAGCGAAUUGCUGCAGAAAUAUAAGAGCCUGUGCAUGUUCGAGAUCCCGAAGGAAUAGGGUCAGCCGAGCUUGUGUGAACAGUUGCACCCCUCGUUCCAAAUCAGACUGUGAUGUGACCAGAGCAUAGAUAUACUUGACAUUUGCCAUAAUGUUCUGUCUUGGGUUGUCUCUGCAGCAACGUGAAGCUGGUUUUUAUCACAGGGAGGAGUCGGUGUGUAAGAAUAUUCCUCGCACCUAGAAAGCUAAUUUGUAUCCUGCGGGGCUUUAUUUCCAUAAGUGGGGAGUGAUGUGUUGUUUUUAAAAAAAAUGAGCGAGGGUUUUGUUUUGACAGUGAGGCGGGCCAGAACAGUUCUGAUAUUGCUGCGUGUAAAAAUUGGUUGUGUGAGUCUUUAAAGGGGAAAACGAGUGAACGCAAACGUUGACCUGUAGAAAAGAAACCCAUUGGAAACUUAGAUAUCAGUACAGAGAAAAAAAUGGGGCUAAAAUUUAGAACGGACUUUUGGUCCUGAUUCCUGGGAGAAAUGGCAGGAAGCCCUCUAUUUAGACAUGUCUGUAUGAAUUUUGGAGUUCCUUUUUUUAGUGAACACUUCCUGUUGGCAGGAUGGUUCAAAUAAAAAUAUUAAAUGCA